UUCCGAUUCCCAUUUCCGACGAUCGGGUGCGAUUCGAUAGUUUGAUCCACCGUCUCUCGCUUAAGCUCUUUUAACCGGCGGCUAUGGCUUUGAACAAUCGGCGAAGAGCAACGUCGAGACAUCUCGCUUUAGGUUUAGCCGAUCCUCAAAUCGUAGUCCCAGGAACCGCUUACGCUGAAGCCACUGAAACCAAUCGUCGAAGCCUUGUUGGUCGAGUUCUCGGUCCUAGAAAGCCAGAUCUCUACUCAGUGAUCCAGACUCUCCCUCACGAGUGGAACGCCGCCGGAUCUCGAUCUCGCGGCCGCGUAAUCGGCGGAGGAAAGUUUCAGUUCGUGUUCGAGAGGGAUCGUGAUCUGGAGAUGGUUCUUUGGUCCGGUCCUUAUACUCACAACGGAUGGCUCGUCGUGUUGCAGCAGUGGGAAGACGAACCAGGUCCUGAGUUUCUUCAAUCGGUGCCUAUGUGGUUGAGAAUUCGUGGGAUUCCGAUUCGGUAUGUCUGUGAAGGGACGAUUCGCGAGAUUGUUUCGUCCAUGGGUGAGGUAAUGGAGAUUGAUUUAGAUGAUAAAACUGUUGAUUUGCGUUCCGUUCGUGUUCGUGUGAACGUUUCUGUGGAUACGAAGCUGUGUUUCAAGAAAGUUGUUAGAUUUGAAUCGGGAGAGACGAAGAUUGUGAAGCUACGUUAUGAGGAUGUUGCUUGGAACACGUCGAGGUUUAGAUUCUGUCGUAAUUGUGGGGAUUUGAAUCAUCUCGCUAAGUCUUGUUCACAUGUUUGGGUUGAUGUUCCUGACCCUCUUGAACGUGCUCUUUCUCCACCUCCUCCUGACGCUAGCUUUGAUGGCUCUGCUGAGAACAAUGGUGGAAAUGGAACUCUUACCUGGGAGGAGAAGCUCGAACAGGUAGACGGAUCUUCUGAUGCGGUUCAGGACUUACCUGAUGGGGACCUUGAGCAGAAGCAGCAAGGUCUUGAUGGCGUUCAGGAAGCUGACGAUAAGCAAGUUAAAUCUGAAAUCGGUGGAACAUCUUCUGAAGGGUCCAAGAGGAAGUUUGAAGCAGUGGAGGAAGCUGAUGAUAUUCUGGAAAAGCGGAUUCGAGGAAGCUCUGAUGCAACAGAGGGUUUAGGGGUUAAUCUCAAACCACUUGGAGAAGAAUGAUCCUAAGAAGGUUAGAACUGUCAAGGGUCUGCAUCAUAGUGUUUUUUUCAGUAGAAGCGAAAUGGAAUAGAACAGUAUGUACAGAAAAGGGUACCACGUAGGUUUUUGGUGAUGGAUGCAAUGGAGCUUUUAGCUUGGCUAUGAGAUAUGUUUUCAAGUUUGUGGAAAGCUUUUAUCUAGGUUUUGGAAUUAAGUGUUUCAUUAUGAAACAUUUAUGGUCGUGUCUUGCUGUGUUUAUCUAAAGUGUCCUUAUGACUUAACUUAUGCAACGGAUGUAGUAAACAAUAUUUAAGUAAUGAAAGUAGUUUGUUUUGUUU